AUGCCAAAUUUUGACGGUUCAUUGUUUGAGAGAACACAAAUAUCGUCAGCAGUAACUGUGGACGAUGCAGCCGCUUUCUUUAGGGAACAUGGAAUAUUCUACUGCGCUGAUGCAAAUAUUGCAAAAGAAGCAGAGAAAUCUGGCAUCCAGACUCUUCGCGACCCGAAAUAUCUAAAGGAAUUCAGGUUGGGAGAUCCACGACUUGCGCGUAUUCUUGAAACCUACGAACCAAGCUACACCUACGUUCUCGGUCCUCAUCGAGGAGCCUUCUACAGCUGCUCAGUGAAGCCAAACGAAGAUCAUGCCAAUCAAGCGACUGUAUUCAUGUGGACCAAACCAACACAGCUGGAAUUUUUCCCGGAAAGUCAUAUCGGCCCUCUUCGAGGCGUAUCAGCGUCGAAUGGGCUCUAUCAGAUUCCAUAUUCUUGGUGUCGGACGAAACCUUGGAUCAAGGAUGAAGCAGAAAAGGAACGACUGAAAGAGAUCCUUGUGGAAAUGGAUGGAGGAGGCGUACUGAUUGUACACCCCCGGAUGACAUUUGCGGUCCAAGAAGGCUUCGCAAUCGCGUACGGAUGCAGGAAGCGAGACGAAGGAGGCCCAGAUCCACCGCAAUGA